AUGUCGCACCAGGCGGCAAGAGCACCUGUUGCUCCAGCUAUGGGUACAACAAGCUAUGGACAGGUGAUCGAGUACAUCCAGAACCGAGUUUACCUCGCAUCCUAUACUCAUCCUCCCAACGAGCACACUCCAUUCCCGUAUCCAGCGACACCUGUCAAAUCGCCUUCAAAGCGCUCCUCCAAAUCAUCACAUCAAUCCACGCCAGUACCAUCAGGCCCCAAAGUACAUCCUCCCUUCUACUUCACAGUCGACGAUGACCUACUCUAUAAUAAAUUCCAUGCCGAUUUUGGACCAUUACACAUCGGACAUCUCUACCGCUUCGCUGUCCUCCUCCACGAGAUCUUGGGAGACCCAAACAAUGCAGAACGAGGAGUCGUGUUCUGGAGCAAGCCAGACUCGAGGAGCAGGGCAAACGCCGCUUGUUUAUUGGCUUGUUACAUGAUUGUCAUACAGAAUUGGCCACCACAUCUGGCACUAGCACCCAUCGCGCAAGCAGAACCACCGUUGAUGCCUUUUCGAGAUGCAGGGUACAGCCAAGCGGACUUCAGCAUUGGAGUACAGGAUGUUGUUUACGGUGUGUGGAAGGCCAAGGAAGAGGGGUUGGUGGGAUUCAGAGACUUCAGGCUCGACGAGUACGAGAGAUAUGAGAGGGUAGACCAAGGAGAUUUCAAUUGGCUCACGCCCAAUUUCAUUGCGCUUGCAUCCCCUCAGCAUCAGCCAAUAGCUCCGAUACUACCUGAUUCGCCAUUAUAUGCCACCGUACCUACCAACGUCUCAGCCGUCAAGAAGUGCAGUCUCCCAGGUCCGUUUAAGAAUGUCCUCUCACACUUCUCCAAGCGCAAUGUCGGACUCGUCGUCCGUCUGAACUCCGAACUCUACUCGCCCACGUACUUCACUGCUCUCGGCAUCAAUCAUUUAGACAUGAUCUUCGAUGACGGAACGUGCCCACCAUUACAUAUGGUCAAGAAGUUUAUCAGGCUGGCGCAUGAGAUGAUAACUAUUAAGAAGAAGGCCAUCGCUGUUCAUUGCAAAGCUGGACUAGGUCGCACAGGCUGUCUGAUCGGAGCAUAUCUCAUUUACCGUUAUGGCUUCACCGCCAACGAGAUCAUUGCCUUCAUGCGGUUUAUGCGACCAGGGAUGGUUGUCGGGCCCCAACAGCACUGGCUCCAUCUCAACCAAGGAACGUUCCGUGAGUGGUGGUGGGAGGACCUCUUGAAAGAAAAGCUUGCUGCAGCGCUGCCCUCAACGCCUACCAAAUCGAUCCGCCGUAGUCAUGCCAGUAUUGGUCAGACUGCGACACCACCCAACCCGAGCCAGUCAGGCAAGCGAUCUGCACUAGGCGAAAUCACAGCCAAUGAGAGCGGUCCCUCAAAUGCCAUGGACGAAAACCUUCCAGCCCCCACUCCAGGACAGCCAAGGAAGACCAGCAGGAUGGAUUCCCGUCAUCAUCCGUAUGCAAGAGCAGCAUCAGCGGCUUUCAACGACAAUACCGUGGUCGAAGAUCCAGGCAAUCAGAUCGUGGAGAUGCGCAGCCACCGACAGGACCCUGGUGAAAAUGAAGAGGAGUGGGAGCUACGAGUGCUUGGCCGACGAACAAGCUCUCGUUCGCCAAUGGGCAGCGAGAAGAGGCGUGCCGUCAGCUACACCACCACUACAACUACAACCUCGCGAUACAGCACUGCCGGCGACGAUGAAGCGCUCCAAGAGUUGACUUCAGAUGUCGAGAAUUGGACCCACCACGAUGAGCAUGCCUCUGACAAGACUUCCAGACCGAAGACACCCGGAAGCACAAAAAGUGGCAGUGGAAGCGGAACUUUGGGUGUCGCCAAGAUGCGCGGGAGCCCAGUGAGGAGAAGUGCAGAGAGCAGAGAAGUCAAGAGCGGACUCAGCGGAGUAAGGAAGACUAGCGGCAGAGUGGGAAGUGGGCUAGCAGCGAGCCGGUCACGAUCAUGA